AUCUAUAUGCUUCACCUCAGUGUUUAGUUCCCUCACUUUUCCCUUGCAAAGAAUAUGAAAAGCGCAUCCUCCCAUGCACACCCUUUGAAUUUUUAAAUUUUUUUUGCAAGGGUUCCCGCAGCCAAGUAUUACGAGCCUCACACGGCAGAGGUUGAAACAUAAGUGUUCACGUUUCCUUCUUGAUGCCAACGCAGCGAAUGGAAUUUUAUGCACAUUGAAUGUGCAGCUUGCGCACGUUGAACUCGUGUGUAUUCGGCUUUAUGUGCUUGGCAAAAAAAAAAAAAGGUCAAAAGGUGGAGGGGUUCUGGUGAACCUCCCCCCCAUUUUUAUUCAUACAUCCCUUUUAUUCAUAUCAUUGAGAUUGUUAAUAGAAAACAAACAAAAAAUGAUUCCCCCCUCCCAAGUUUAUUUAUGAUUUCCUUUUAUUCGUAUUAUUGAGAUUGUUAAUAGAUAAAAACAGACCCUUAAUAAAUUACUCAUGCUAUACAGGCUUCAUGUUUCAGCUGCAGGGUGCUGCAGGCAAUUGUCACUUUGGCACACUGCACUACCUUUGGCACACUGCACUAACUGGAAGUUAGUUCAGAGGCUGCCAGUCGGAACCGGAAGCCCAAAGCCACUCCUUGAAGUGCCAGGUUCAUAGUGGGAGACCUCUUCCUCCUUGGGCAUCCAGAGUGAGCAAUAGCAGUUUUCAACCUCUUAGACUUCACAGCACUCAGCUGUAAGGCUGCUUUGGUGAAAGGCUAAUGAGCAUAGUCAGGUCGGCAGUGGUGAAGCUGUGGGUUUUGCUUCUUUGUGCAACCGCUUCACAAGUGUUUCAGUUUCAAAGCCCCAUUUCCCACACAGUGUUUGUUGGAUUUCAUAAAUCUGGGCGGAAUUGUGCUAGUGAAGAAAAAAAGUUCAUGCUUGUUUCCACUGCUCAGCCCAGGUACUCUAGCCACCUUCCCACUGAAACGUUUUGAUUGACUUAGGCUGCGAUUCCGUGCAUGUUUACUUAGUGGUAAGCCAUGCUGAAUGCAAUUGCUCAUACCUCUGAAUAAACGUGCAUGGAAUUGGGAUGUUAGAGAUUGUACAGCAAUCUCUUGUGUGAACUUCUAGAAGACUUUACAAUGACAGACAAAACAAUCGGCGCAGCCUAGAGCACACAACUGGCAGUUAAAUGGCUGCUUCCAUUUGGGACAGCAGGAGGUGCAAACUUCGAAACAUGAACAGCAUCACCCAUGUCCCGUGUUCAGAGCUGACUUGGCUUGUCGUGGAGCUCAGUGCCCAACGCUUCCCAACUGACUUCCCCACAAGGCAUUUUUAAAGUACCUAGAAUGGCCAACAAGAAAGAACCUCCUUUCUACAAUGAUAAUAACAUGGGACCAUGCCAUUACAAAUUUGCUUUCUAUGAGACUAUGGAGCUCUUCAUUGAAACUCUAACAGGAACAUGCUUUGAGUUGCUGGUAUCUCCUUUUGAAACAGUAAUUUCUGUGAAAACUAAAAUCCAGAGAUUGGAAGGUAUCCCCGUAUCUCAGCAACACUUAAUCUGGAAUAAUGUAGAGCUGGAGGACGACUAUUGCUUGAAUGAUUACAACAUUUCAGAGGGCUGCACUUUGAAGUUGAUAUUGGCAAUGCGAGGUGGACCUAUUAAUACCAGAAGAGUUCCUGUGGGAGACCCAAUUAGGGAAAUAACAGAAUACAUGGAUCCCAGUCGUGACGAUAUUUGGGAGAAGGUUCCAUCCAGCAAACAGGUUACCUUCUUAGUAUACCGCGAAGGAGAUCAAUUGAAUUUUUUCCGUAUUAUAGACAAGGGAGAUGGAACUUUAACACCAUUGUCUGAAUCGUUAAGUGGUGGUUCUGUUUAUAAUUUGUAUGCGGAUGAUGAUGAAGAUAGAGAGGCAUCUCCUUCUGGUGAACAGAUUAUUGAGAAUUCUAUUACGAUGAAUAAAAUGAAGCUUCUUAGAGCAAAGAUGGAGAACAUGAAUCUGAGUAAAAAGCCUAAAAAAACAAUUAAAGUGAACCCCCACCCUCCACUGGCUCCUCGCCCAUCUAGUGGCUCAGUCACAGCUGCUCACCAGAGAUUUUUGCGAGCGCUCCGCCGUAUGGGACAACCAUGCCUACCUCCUAGGAAUUCAAAUACCUCAGACUUUUCUCAAAAUGCACUUUCGUUUUUAACAUCUGCUGGCAGAAGGAUGCCGUCCACUAGUAAUGACUUCGUGAAGGAAAAUGACAGGUGGGAGACUGCUCCACAGUCACUUAGCAGCCUUAGGCUGCCCCCUAAAAUUCCACGUGUGGAAAAAGAAGAUUUAAAGCUUCCUGCAAACAGCGUGGUUCUUCCGGUCCCUGCUCCACUUAGGCACCCUGGGAGAAAUAUAGAUAACAGUUCGGCAACCAACGAAGCUGGUCCUUUCUUAUAUCCAAAUCUCACAAAUGUAAAGCUGUAUGCUGCAGAAGAAAAAGUUAUACCAAACUCUGACGCUUUUGCCUUGUUAGCUGAACCAUGCAGUGAUUUAUAUGGAAUAGGAAAAGUCAACACGGAGCUCCAUUUAUCCGAGGGGGAUGAGGAUUCUGCUUCUGCAGAUCUUCCAAACAAGACCAUUACAAAACUCCUGACCCCUGCUGCUGCAGCAGCAGCAGCAGAUACUAGUAUUCUUAAUUCUUGCGAACUAAGUCCCCAGAAGAACACACAAUUGUCGCCUCUUCACUGCUCCGCACAGAUGACACGUUACAGUCCUCGGAAACCACAAGCUCAGUCCAAGUUUUUCGAGGUUGGUAACUUGAGGCCCGCUGCCUCGCCAAAUGUUCUGCGAUCCCUGGAGUUGCACAAUUUAGCCGACUCCUCAUAUCCAAGGACUUCUAAAUUCCACGGCGUAGGUUUAGACUCGCCCGGCAAAAGACCCGACCUCCUUUCUAAAAUGGAGGCACGGGAAGUCACAGAAGUAGCGGUCAAGGCAUCCAAAGAUCCUGUUGUCUCUGUAAAUAAUGUGGGGUUCCUAAGUUCGCUGGCCCGGAGCACAAACAGAGAUGCCUUGCAGAAUUCCUGUGGGACAAGCAGGUUUCGGACUUCUGGUAUUGCGCGGACUACAAACCUCCAACAUUUUCAAGGAGAAAGCUACAACGUGGCCGCUCCCCACAAUGAAAUGCCCGGAUACUUCCUAUCUCCUGGACUUGGAUUGAAUGGAAGUAUUGUGGCUGCAGGAAAAAGAAUAGCAGGUGAUGCAACUCAUCUCCCACCUGUGAAUGGUUCAGUUCAGCCUAAAAAGAAAAUGACAAAGCACUGUUUCUUCUGUGGGAAGAAAACUGGAUUAGCCACUAGCUAUGAAUAUGUGGAAACAACUUCUGUGCAACUCACCGCUAUGCAGAGACUCACACAUGUACUUAUGACUACAAGAACGCAGGGCGAAGGUACUUGCAGGAGGCCAAUCCUGUGGUCAGUGCACCAAAGCUUCCCAAAAUCUGAGCAUCAUUUUAUGGCAUGCAUCUGUCUGCCAGAGGAGCCUUAUUACACAGAGAGAAGUAGCGGUGGUUUAGACUGCUUCUUUUGCCACGCUCCAAAUCUAAAGAUUGCCAACUAACAAAAUCCUAUGAGGCUGCAUAAUACUGAAGAAUAAUGUGAACACUACUGUAGCUGACACCAUUUAUUCUUGAGUGAAUCAAAAAAUUUAAAAAAGUAGUUUUUGAAAAUGUACAUUCUGAUUUAACUAUUAUUAUAUGUCUUGUGUUAAGUGUUUUAUAUUUUCCAAAUGCUCUUUCACUAGACAAGUCUUUUAAAAGAUGCACUUUACUAAGUUUUAAUAUAAAUUUUAUAAUGAGA